AUGGCAGUAGCUCUGGAAGAAGUGUGGGGGAGGGUGAAGAAUGUCUGCAAGCAGAACGGACUGCUCAUCCUGUCUGUGCUGGCCGUGGUUAUCGGCUGCCUGCUGGGCUUCUUUCUCAGAGGGAAGCAUCUCUCCGAGCAGGAGGUGAAGUACUUCCAGUUUCCUGGAGAGCUGCUAAUGAGGAUGUUGAAAAUGCUCAUUCUGCCCCUCGUUGUAUCCAGUUUGAUGUCAGGUCUGGCAGCCCUGGACGCCAAGUGCUCGAGCCGUCUGGGCAUCAUGACCAUCUCUUACUACCUCUGGACCACCUUCGUUGCUGUGGUAGUGGGCAUCGUCAUGGUAUACAUGAUCCACCCGGGCGGAGCCGCUCAGAAGGAGGACUCAGACGAAAGCAAGAAGCCGAUGACGAGCUCUGCUGACGCUCUGCUGGAUCUUAUUCGCAACAUGUUUCCUGCCAACCUGGUUCAGGCCACUUUUCAACAGUAUCGAACCGCAAGAGUCCCUGAGCUCAUCCCCAAACCUACAGUGGCUCAGAUCCUGGAUGAGACCACAACACGGAGACUCUACAUCUACGGUAUACAGGAUGACAAUGGCACGGACAUCCAGAACUUCUCUCUGGAUCUCACGCCGCCACCUGACGUCAUCAUGAAAACAUCACCGGGUACCAGCGAGGGCAUGAAUGUGCUCGGGAUUGUGAUUUUUUCUGCUACUAUGGGAAUAAUGUUGGGAAGAAUGGGUCCCAAUGGAAGUGCUUUGGUCAACUUCUGCCAGAGUGUGAACGAAGCGGUCCUGAAAAUUGUCGCUAUUGUCAUCUGGUAUUUCCCAUUUGGGAUCGUGUUUCUGGUCGCAGGAAAGAUCCUUGAGAUGGAUGACCCUUCAGCGAUGGGCAAGAAGCUGGGUUUUUAUGCCAUUACAGUGGUAAUGGGUUUGGUUCUGCAUGGUCUUUUUAUCCUCCCAGCCAUGUACUUCUUCAUCACUAAAAAAAGCCCCAUUGUUUACAUCAGAGGCAUCCUUCAAGCUCUGCUCAUCUCCCUGGCAACCUCCUCUAGCUCCGCCACUCUGCCUAUCACCUUCAAGUGCCUCCUCGAGAACAAUCACAUCGACAGACGCAUCAUCCGCUUCGUGCUCCCUGUCGGAGCUACCAUCAACAUGGACGGCACAGCGCUCUACGAGGCCGUGGCAGCCAUCUUCAUCGCCCAAGUGAAUAAUUAUGAGCUCGACUUUGGACAGAUCAUCACCAUCAGCAUCACUGCCACUGCAGCCAGCAUCGGUGCAGCAGGAAUCCCGCAGGCUGGACUUGUUACUAUGGUGAUCGUGCUGACCUCCGUGGGUCUGCCUACGGAUGACAUCACGCUCAUCAUUGCUGUUGACUGGGCUUUGGAUCGGUUCAGGACCAUGGUCAACGUGAUGGGUGAUGCUCUGGCUACAGGCAUUAUGGCUCAUAUCUGCAGAAAAGAUUUUGUCAAAGAAGGAGAACAGGUACCUCUGAUCUGUGAAACUAAGCCUAUGAUAAGCAUCCAGCAGAUGAUGACCUACCAGAAUCAGAAAAACGGAUGCUACCAGCCGCCCCCGUCGGGCAGCAAGCAGGACCACCGCGGCCCGGACGUGGCCCGGCUGAUCCAGCUGGAGGAGGGGAUCAGGCCGUUGGAGAAGAAGAAGCACGGUCACACCUCUCACCACAAGAGAGCGCACAGGGACAAGGACCACUGUGCCGUAGAUAUGAACGGGCUGGAGACUAACGUAUAAAAGCAGCCGCCUUGCCAACAGCAAUUGGCAUGUCCACAGCUGCAGAGUUGGCCGGAGAAGAAUAAUAAAUUAAAGAUUGAGGU